AGUACCUUCUCUCUCUUGAUUCGGCGAUUCUUCUUACCAGUAGCCUAGUUCAGUGGCGCUUAUCCAUGGCGGGCAAUCCUUCAAAUGAGAUUCUUCUGGAGCAGUUGAAGGAUGGAAAUGCAGAUUUCGAACUCGUUUCUUCUCCUGUCACUCCGAUUUCGAGUGCAAAAUUGGUUACGUGUUCUUCAGCGUUCCUCGGAAGUGGCAGUCAUCGGUUCUUUGCUAGAAUAGGAUCAUCUCUUGGUGGAGCUUCUCCGGCAUUGAGAAAGGUGGAGCGUUACUCGGUUCAGAAAGUUACUGGAGAUGGACGUUGUAUGUUUCGCGCACUGGUAAAAGGAAUGGCUUUCAACAAGGGGAUCGCUCUAAGCCCAAGGGAAGAAAGAGAUAAUGCAGAUGAAUUGCGGAUGGCUGUAAAAGAAGUUAUAUGUGAGGAUGAUAAAGAACGGCGUCAAUAUGAAGAAGCACUGGUUGCAAUUACAGUUGAGGAGUCUUUGAAGCGAUACUGCCAACGCAUUGAAAAAUCUGAUUUCUGGGGUGGCGAGUCAGAGUUACUGGUGUUGUCGAGGUUGUGCUGUCAGCCAAUUAUUGUGUACAUACCUGAGCAUGAGCACGCAAUGGGGAGGGGCAAUGGCUUUAUUCCCAUUGCAGAAUAUGGAGCUGAGUUCAGUAAGACAUCAAAGAAAGGAAAAACAAGGAAGGCAGUGAGGCUUCUCUAUAGUGGUAAGAACCAUUAUGAUCUGCUUGCCUGAUGGAUUCUUGAAUUAGCAACGAUGUAGUUUGGAAGUGGUGGAAAUUUCAUUUCAAAAGAUCAUUGAGAAUGUCAUGAUUACAACAGUUGAGUUUGUUAUAUAGUUAUC